GCCGAAUUGGUACAAGUUAAUUCGUACAAGCUGGAUUCACAUCUCUCUUUUUGCUUAGUUCGCUCUCUACGAGUCCCCUACCACCUCUUUUCUUGCAAACUCGGCCUAGUUCGGGCCUUCGUUGCUAAGGACGCCCUUUCAGCAGUAUGAGGAGCUUCUAAUAAUGAGUUCCUGAGAAUGCUGUUGCCUCUACAGCGAGCGUCUCGCUCUGCGCUUCUCCUCGCCAUAUUAGCGUCAUCACUAUACGUCUUGUAUUCAUAUCGUUCGGGAGUUCACCUAUUUCGUUCCUCGACCACAACCUCUAAUCCUGACACUGUCGACCCGCUCUACGAAGCACGGAUCUCCUUCUGGAGCUCUAUCUACCCCAACAUUGUGCAAAACAAGCCUCAAUGUGAGCCUUUUCGUCCUGUAGCUGGCAAUCCAGUCGGAUAUGAUUCCACCAAGCAUGAUGAGCUUCGACCCGAUCGUCUCGCCAUCUCUCCCGAGCAGGCGACCGAACUCCGCUCAUCGCACCAGAGAUUCACUGCUCAUCUGGUUUCAGCCAACUACACGUUGCCCUUUACUCACCACACCCGUGGUAUAGUUACCACUGCCGGAGGACAAUACCUCCCUGUGGCCCUCUUGUCUCUCCGCAUGCUCCGGGCUACUGGCUCCCAGCUUCCCGUCGAAGUCUUUCUCGCCUCGCAUUCUGAGUGGGACUCGCAGAUUUGCGGCAUCAUCUUUCCGACUCUCAACGCGCGUUGUAUAGUCUUGGAAGAUAUCUUCAACCCAUCUGGACAGGAGGCUGCACCAUCAAUCAACAAAUAUCAGUACAAAAUCAUGUCGAUUCUGUUCUCGUCUUUUGAAGAGGUUCUGUUUCUCGAUUCCGAUUGCUUUCCUGUCUUUGAUCCUAGCGUCUACUUCAAAACCAAGCCCUUCCGAACCACCGGCAUGAUUCGCUGGCCAGACUUUUGGUUCCCUUCGGAGCAUUCACAAUUCUUUGACAUCGCGGGCAUCCCACAACCCGAGCUUUGGGCUCAGGCCUCUACUGAGUCGGGAGAACUCUUCUACGCCAAGAAAAACCACACGAACUCUCUCCUCCUCGCUCUCUAUUACAACAUUUACGGCCCCGAUUUCUAUUAUCCCCUGCAGUCCCAAGGCAACCCAGGCGAAGGUGACAAGGAGACAUUUAUGUGGUCAGCUGUCGCCUUCAACGAGACCUUUCAUUCGGUCCAAAAGCCCGUGCAAGCCCUUGGAUAUAGGAGCAAGGCUGGAGACUGGCGCGGCUCAGCAAUGAUCCAAUUCGAUCCUCUUGAAGAUCUUCAUAAUCAAAAGUCGUUCAAGUCACCCGCUGUUGCUGACGAGGAUAGAGGCAAGAUGCCCGUCCGGCCCGCAUUUGUCCACGUCAACUUCCCCAAGAUUGACCCUGGAUCCAUUUUCGACGACGUCUCAUUUGGGGUGACAGGUCCCACAAAAGACACUGACGGCCGUCUUCGCAGAAUCUGGCAUGAGGAUGCUCAAGGCAGCAUCGCAUAUUUUGGGUAUGAUCUGGAACGAAAACUGUGGGAAGUGGUCAAGGAGAUCGCUUGUGAGUAUGAAGAGACAAUUCUAGCAUGGCAGGGCAAGACCGCCAUCUGCGAAAGGGCGACGCAAUAUUGGGACACCGUCUUUGCAAAAGAAAUUUCUCAGCCGAUCAGCGGAUGAUGAUUGUUGGGAAGCACCGCCAUUUUAUUCCUCCGAGGACCAAAUUUGUCCGCCACAGCGGACAUGCGCAACAACACUGGCAUCUCGACAGGAGAAGCGCAGUGUACCGAACCCGUGCUCGAUCAACGCUCGACGGUUUAACAGAGAAAGAACAUGGCUCACCUGAGCUACCCAGUGUUCAUGAGGCCGCCGUGACCGGUGCCUGAGUCAAACAACCAAACGUUGGACGCGUCGUGGUCAAUAAUCAAGCAGCAUCCAGCUAUCCAGUGCGAACCUAUCAGAGAUUCGCCCAGGCCGUGGAUCUGGACGGAGGACGAUUUGUGCCUAUAAUGCUCUGAUUCGUGACAGGCCAAUAUAUUGUGCGCUACCCUCUCGGAUUGAAUUGAGAGAAUCCUACGACGAAUUUCGGGCUCCGGAUCGCAUUUUGUUGGACCCACACUAGGCGAAGACGAUGCAAGUUAUAUGUCUGGUCUUGUUGCAUUCAAAUCCUUGAUCCUUCUGGAAAUGUCUUUUUCUGCAGAUUUGCUAUUUGUACAGAGGAAUAUAGAAUGGACAUCAAGUGUGCUAGAAUCAAAUCUGGUCAUGGCUGUCCACUAAAGAUGAGGAUGCAGUUGAAUCCAUACAUCGCUGUCGCGCAUAAAGUCAGAAUCGUUAAAUGAUGACACGCCUAUACAUUGC